GUCGCGCAUGGAGCAGUACGCCAACAACUUGGAGACACUGGUCGAGGAGAGGACGUCUGACUACCUGGAGGAGAAGCGCAAGUGUGAAGAACUGCUGUACCAGUUGCUACCCAAGUCUGUUGCCAGUCAGCUGAUCCUGGGCCAAGCAGUUAUCGCCGAAACGUACGACAGCGUCACCAUCUACUUCAGUGACAUAGUCGGCUUCACGGCACUGUCUGCAGAAAGUACGCCGCUACAGGUUGUCGAUUUACUCAACGACUUGUACAGUUGCUUCGACUCCAUCAUAGAGCACUUCGACGUGUAUAAGGUCGAGACAAUCGGGGACGCCUACAUGGUAGUAUCUGGGCUGCCAGUCCGGAAUGGUUCGCGGCACGCUCGCGAGGUGGCGCGGAUGUCGCUGGCGCUGCGACAGGCGGUGGCGGGCUUCCGCAUCCGGCACAGGCCAGGAGAGCAGCUCAAGCUGCGCAUCGGCAUGCACACCGGUCCAUGUGUUGCUGGUGUUGUGGGUCACAAGAUGCCUCGCUACUGCCUCUUUGGUGACACUGUCAACACUGCUUCACGUAUGGAGUCCCAUGGCCUUCCUCUAAAGAUCCAUGUAAGCCCUAGCACUAAGGCAAUUCUCGACACUUUUGAUACGUUUGAAUUGGAGCUAAGAGGCGAAAUUGAGAUAAAGGGGAAAGGAAAAGUAAUUACUUACUGGUUACUUGGUGAAAAACAAAGUCUUCCAGUGGUGGCAAAUGGCAACAGGGGUCAGAUGCCUACUGUUGUAACUGAUUCCAGCAUGAAUUGUGCACUUGCA